AUGCGUCGUGGCGCAGACAUCUACAAGCGACAAGCCAGGAAUCUGGCCUGGUAUGACCACGAAGGCGAGGCCUCCUCGCACAACCCUUUCAAGAAGUUCCGCCGGGGUCCGCGACGCACCAAUUCCAUCCAGCUGGAGAACCGCCUCUCGCCCGUGCUGUCCGAGGGCGAGCUGCGUCUGUCCGAGGAGCGCCGCCGUCGCCGCGACAUGACCGAUGGGCUGACCGGCCCCGAGCAUUCAGACACUCUCCCGCCCCAGUCGGCCGGCACCGACCAGGUGACGCGCAUCGAGAGCGACAAGCCUGACCCCUCCAUGCACAGUCGUGACCCCAUCAAUGUCCCGCGCGCCGACGAAGACACCCUGGACGGCCGCCCGCGCAAGAGGAAGACCCUGAACAGCAUGUUCGGGCCCACGGAAGACGACCGCUCCAUGACCGACUCCUCCAAGCCGAUGCCCAAGCGCAAGUUCACCGCGAUGGGCCAGUUGAAGGCCACGCUGUUUAACUCGUGGAUCAACGUCCUGCUGUUUGCCGCGCCCGUCGGAAUCGCGCUGAACUACGUCAAUGUGCCCCCCGUGGCGGUGUUCGUGGUGAAUUUCAUUGCGAUCAUGUACGACCCCCGUCCAUUCCCCCGUGAUGCAGCUAACGGGAGCAGUCCCCUUGCGGCGAUGUUGAGUUAUGCGACCGAGGAGAUUGCCAUGCGCACCGGAGAGACGAUCGGGGGUCUGCUCAACGCAACGUUCGGAAACGCCGUCGAAUUGAUCGUCGCGAUCAUCGCCCUCGUCGACAACGAAGUCACCAUCGUGCAAACCUCCCUGAUCGGGAGUAUGCUCUCCAACCUGCUGCUGGUCAUGGGCAUGUGCUUCUUCUUCGGGGGCAUCGACCGUCUGGAGCAGCACUUCAACCCCGUCGUCGCCCAGACCGCCGCCAGUCUGCUCGCCUUGGCAGUCGGCAGUCUGAUCAUUCCCACGGCCUUCCACGCGUGGUCUGACGCCGGCGAUGCGGGCGUCGCCCCCCUAUCACGAGGCACGAGCGUCAUCCUGCUGGUCGUAUACGGCUGCUACCUCUUCUUCCAACUAAAGUCCCACACGGAGAUCUACAACGCGCCCAGCCCCAAAGUCGAAAAGCGGAGCCAGAAGGUCAACGAAGGCGACGCCAGCCGGGGCAUCGCGCGCAUCGGCAAGAUGACAGCGGGGAUGGCGGGCGAGCACGCGCAGAACGUCGAGUUGCAGGAGCCCGACGAGACAGAGGAGCCGCAGCUCAGCGUGCCGGUGGCGGUGUUUACCCUGGUUAUUUCGACGGUCUUUGUGGCGCUGUGUGCCGAGUUUAUGGUGGAUUCCAUCGACGCACUCACCCAGACGGGCAAUAUCUCGGAGACUUUUGUCGGGUUGAUUCUGCUGCCGAUCGUCGGGAAUGCCGCCGAGCAUGCCACCGCCGUGACUGUCGCGUGCAAGGACAAGAUGGACCUGGCGAUCGGAGUGGCCGUGGGCUCUAGUAUGCAGAUUGCCCUGCUGGUUUUGCCGCUGAUUAUUGUGAUUGGGUGGGGAAUGGGUAACGACGACAUGACUCUCUAUUUCGAUGCCUUCCAGGUCAUCCUUCUCUUCGUCGCUGUGCUUUUGGUAAACUAUCUCAUCGCGGACGGCAAAUCGCACUGGCUCGAGGGCGUUCUGCUCAUGAUGAUGUAUUUGAUUAUUGCCGUGGCUGCUUGGUUCUACCCCUCCAAGACCGACACCUAAUUUAAUUUAAUCAAACCGCCAACCAUUAUCUGAUCUGAUUCUGAUCUGAUUCCGAUACACCCCCACCCAUCAGUGUAUCGAUAGAUGGUCUUCCUUCCUCCCUUCCUUCCUUCCUUCCCUUCGCGUGUAUAUUAUUUAUUUAUAUAUUCAUCUAUUAUUCACUCGCAUGAAUUUCGACCCUUUCUUUUCUUUUAUUUUCUUGUCUUGUCUUGUCUUGUCUUGUCUUGCUUGGCCUAUGUCAGAUACCACAUCCGCACUACACUACCACCACACCACCGCCCUAUCUAGAUGCAUCUAUCUACCUAUCUAUCUACCUACCCACCCAAAUCAAUCCACACACACACAUAUACAUACCAAACAGAACACGAUAAUACAUACAUACAUACAUACAUACAUACAUACAUACAUACAUAUUUUUUUUUAACCUA